CACGCGGUAUCUUGACUUUUUAUUAGGAGAUUUUAAACUGAAUAUUAAUUAAACAACCGGAUACCCGAAGUUUCUGUUUACUAUUUCACGCACCAAGAAUGAUGUCAGCAAAGGUCAUGGGUAUUAAACACUAGGUAGCUACAACAUAUCACUUUCAGAUCUAGUCCCAGCAAGAACGUCUACACUUCAUUCUAGUUUUGAUACGUGGCCGUGGAUAAUUUACUGAACACCAAGUGUGAGGAAACGCUUUCGUAAUCCAACCACAAAGAAGAAACCGAAAACUAUGGAUUUUAAGAUAGCAUUCUUUUUCGUAAUUGCUCUGCACUGUGUUGUUCACAACGAAGCAAUGAAAGGCAUCGAUUUUUCCCAACCAACAAGCACCGAAGCACUUACUUGUUUGAAACAGAAAGGUUAUGACUUUGCUAUUGUUCGUGCAUAUCGCAGUACAGGAACACCAGAUACAAAUGCACCUCAGAGCAUAGAAAAUGCUAGAAAAGCGCUCUUUACUACAGUCGAAGCUUACAUGUUCCCGUGUACAAAGUGUGGCAAUGCACAAAAACAGGUCAGUGACAUGCUAAGUUUGAAACUGGAUGUAGAUUGGAUCUGGUUGGAUAUUGAAACAUCUGGCAGUUGGUAUACCAAUACAACAAAGAAUAGGGAAUUUUUCGAAGAUCUUAUUAAUGCAGACUUUGGAAAGAAAAAUGUUGGAGUCUACACCAACAAACACAACUGGGAGACUAUCAUGGGAUUAACUUACACAAGAGGCUCAUCAUAUCCUUUGUGGUAUGCUCAUUAUGAUGGAAAACCAAGCUUUGAGGAUUUCGAGCCAUUUAGUGGGUGGUCUAAGCCACAAAAGAAACAAUAUGCUGGAGAUCAGAUGCUUUGUGGAGCUGGUUUAGAUUUCGACUACCAAGAGGAAGAAUUUUUGACAUUUUAGAUUACCAUGAACAAACAGUAUAUCCGGAUUUUCUUUAUUAUAUAGUAAUGAUUUUAUUGCAUGAUUCUGUUACAACUGUCAAGUGAAGUAAGGUGAAAGUACAAAGGGAUUGUUAUAUAUUCCACAUCUUGGCCCUGGGGUGCUUUAAAUGAUCUUUCAGUUUUCGUUUUAUAUCCGUUGUCAUCGCAGUUUACUAGUCAAGUAAAGACUGAUGUACUUUGACCAUGAGACUAAGCUUUAAUGGAAAUUCCCUGGUAGUGAAAUACUGAAAUACAAUUUACAAAUAAUCCUUCGUAACUCUACUCCAUUUCUGCUAUUACCGUGAUACAACUCAUACACUUAUAUAACAUUGUCCCACUACGUAAUUCGCCAAACACCGAGGCAUACCUGUAAAUCAAUACCAUUCAUAUUAUAGCUACAUCAAACGAAGCAUUUAAUUGUCAAAACUUGUAUUUUAUUAAAACUGUUUAGAACAUCGUC